AUGGAGGGAAGCUCGAGUGAUCAAUUCAGUGAUGAAGCUGCAAAACAUGGCUGUGGCUAUCGCAAUGAGGUGAUGUACUUGACUAGGCCAAGGCAAAGAGCACAAAGCCCUUCUUUGGCCAGACAUGCUCUGGCCUCAUCUGCAGAAGCUGUAGAGCAAAUAAAGGUAGGUUCUUUCUACGAAAUUGACCACUCCAAGCUCCCUCCCAAGACCCCGGAGCAGCUCUACUCCAUUAGGGUGGCCAUGGUAAGUGAGAAGGCUGGGUCAAAUGCUUCAUUGAGGUUCCCAAGCGUUCAUUCCCUUCGGACCCAUUUCAGCGACGGAAACUAUGGUAAACCGGAAGGGAAAAAGCUGCCUGCUUUGGAUGAGAAGUACGUGAUGGGGUCGGGCAUGGCGGCUGAGGUGCUUUUAAGGAGAAUCCCAUGUCAGGAAAUUGCUGAAGAUGGGAACUUGUGGAGCUUCUGGGCAUCACCAGCGUUGGCAGCCGAGAGAAAUGGCGUCGAAGAUGUGAUUUCUAAGAAGGGCUCUUGCUGGUCUGAGCUCAACUUCACUGGUAUGGUUCGGUGGGGCAAGCGCCGGAAAAUUCGCUUCCUUAAUCGCCAUCACGAGUACAAGCUCGGUGUUUUAGCAAGCACUGCCGAUGAGGAUGAUGACGAUAACGAGGCACAGAAAGAAGAGGAGGAAGUUCAGGAAGAAAAGGAGGAAGAAGUAGAGGAGGAAUAUCAGGAAGAAAAAGAGGAAGAAGUAGCAGAGGGUGUUGAAGAAGGUCAGGUGAAGGUAGAGGCUGACGCGUUUGGGGUUAAGAACUGUUGCUCUAGUAAGAGAAAGCGCCCUGGUAUGAAUAGCAAGACUGAGAAUUUGAAAAGAGCAAAGACUGAUCAGAAACAAAAUAAGAAAAGUCUCAGUCGGAGUAAGAAAAAGCCUUUCAGAAACUCCAUAGAGAGAUGGUCUACAGCGAGGUACAAAUUGGCUGAGGAGAACAUGUUGAAGAUUAUGAAGGCAAAAGGUGCUGUGUUUGGGAAAUCAAUACUAAGGCCUGCCUUGAGAACUGAGGCACGCAAGCUGAUUGGAGACACGGGGUUGUUAGACCAUUUACUGAAGCAUAUGGCCGGAAAGGUCGCACCUGGUGGAACUGAUCGGUUCCGACGACGGCAUAAUUCUGAUGGGGCCAUGGAGUAUUGGAUAGAAAGUGCUGAUUUGGUUAACAUAAGGAGGCAGGCUGGGGUGCAAGACCCUUAUUGGACACCUCCAACAGGAUGGAAGCCUGGUGAUAGUCCCACGCAGGAUCCUGUUUGUGCAAGAGAGAUUAAGACUCUUAAGGAAGAGAUGGUCAACAUUAAAAAGAUGAUUCAGGAACUCGUUUUGAAGAAGCAAGACGAGGAGUAUGCUUCCAUGAGAGAAGUUAAGCAGCUUAGAGAAGAAAUGGUUAAGAUGAAUAAGAAUAUGGAGGAGCUCGCCUUCAAGAAGCCAAUGGAGGCCGGCCAAAAUUCUAAGUCCAGUGUACAAUUUGACCAUGAAGGCUCUUUACUACUAAUGAAGAAAAGGCACAUGGAGUUGGUGAAUAGAAAAGCAAAGGUUGAGGAGCAACUGAUGGAAAUUUCUGAUUAUUUGAGUGAAAUGGAGGACCAAAUAGGGAUGUUAAAAUCAGGAAAGCUAACCCUGUCAGAGUCAGGAGCACCGCCAACAUUAUUAAUGCGAUCAACAACAUCACCAUCAGAUUCUGAAAGAAGCGGAAGGACAGAGAAGGGAUCACAAAAUAACAAAUCAAUAAGCAAAUCAGGUGAUCAGGGAGGGGACAAGCCGGAAAGCACAGUAACAGAGGACAGGGCAACAAGAAUACAAAAGUUGAAGAGUGGUUUCAGGAUUUGCAAACCACGAGGGACCUUCCUGUGGCCAAAUAUGGCCACUCUAACUCUGGCUGUGGUCCACCCAGAUGACCAUGGCCCUCUUGUGGUCCCCACCCCACCAUCAAUCUCCUCUUCCACCACCUCAGCACAACCCCACCAGCUUUUCGAAGAACAUCAGAGUACACAAUGUGGACCCAAACCUCCUUCUCCUGUCAAGCCAUUGGCUUCAAAACGUCCUGUCAGAUCAGCCACACUAUGCACUGUCUCCAAAGGUUCCUCCUCUUCUUCUUCUAUUCCUCCUCCACCAACGACCCCAAACUCCCAAAUCAUGAUCACCAUUAAAACCUCUACUUCUCUGAUCAACCUAAACGAGACCCCUAAUGACCAAAACAACGAUGACGGGUUUUGUGGGAUUCUCACCCACCAAAGACAACAGAGUAGUGUGACUAGUGUUGCUGCCAUUACAAGUUUGGUACCAACUGAGAAGGAGAGAGAGGGAGCAGAAGACAAGGAAAAUGGCAUGAACUACAAUGAGUUUGAACAGCAACAUCAAAAGGAGUGCUCCUCCACUUGCACCUCAAGAGUGCCACAAAUUAUGGAAGAGGAUCGCUGGCUUGCUCUGGCUGCUCAUGACCCAGCUCUCAACUCCAAACGGGGUUGA